GUGGAUUAUCGACACUUGCUUUUCUGUAUUAAUUUCCUUUCCGUAUGUUGUUCGAGUAGGUGGCUUUCCCUAUAAUAGGGACUUUGUCUCCCCUCAUUCUUGUAAGCUCAAGCACAUUUCACUCGUUGCCAACCUGUGCCCAAGUUCCUUAGGAUGUUUUUUCCACUUCGACAUGCAGCGGUCUUUGGACUCUUCGGAGCUGCAUUCGCCUCUCCAGCUUAUCACCCAAGACGACAGGCAGCUGCAUCAACUGGUUCCUGUCCAAAUACGGUCACAGUGUUUGCUUCGGCCACUGAUGCGUUGACAAUUACUGUUACAGAGACUGCCAGUAUUGAAUAUGUGACCAUCGGGAGUGUUCAGACUAUUACUUCUACAUUGAGUGUUUGCUCCCUGUCCGAAUACUCGUCCUCUGCCGCGGCCUCAACUCCGUAUUCUUCGUCUGCGGCUGUCUCAUCAAGCUACAGCUCCCAAGCAGCUAGUUCAUCUUCCAAUGCAGCUUCUUCCACACUCUAUUCUUCGUCGUCUAGCCCAUCCAGCACCUUGGAUACAAGUUCCUAUGCAUCAUCAUCGUCAUCCGCUGCCGUUUCCAGUAGCGCUUCUGCCAGCCAGAGUGAAAGCUCUUCUCUAUCUUCCUCCGCAGCCGCGUCCAGCGUAUACUCUUCCAGCGGUAGCCCUAGCUCUAGCUUCUAUUCGAGCUCAUCUGCCGCGGCAAGCUCUACGCAGUCAUCACCAGGGUCAUCAAGCGCAGCAGCUUCGUCCAACGUUUACAGCAGCUCAAGUUCCGCAGCAAGCUCUUCCGUCUCUUCCUCUGGGGCUCAGAGCUCUAGUGCGGCUGCUAGCUUAAGCCAGACCUCUUCCUACGAGUCCUCUUCUGCGAGCUCAAGUGCCGCCGUGAGCAGUUCGGCAUAUGCUUCAAGCACAAUUUCGAGCAGCGUGCCCAGCUCGGCCAGCUCAUCAAGCUCUGGAGCGGCUAGUUCAUCAGCUGUAUCGUCCAGUUCAGAAUCGAGCUCAGUCGCCAGCUCAAGCUCUGCCGCUGCCAGCUCGAGCGCUCAAGUCUCAUCCUCUGCUUCCUCUACAUACGGUGCUAGCUCGUCGAGUGCCGCAGCCAGCAGUGCCGAGAGCUCUUCAGCGUCGUCCAGCCAAGCUGCCAGUAGUAGUGCAUACUCGUCUAGUGCUGAGAGCUCUUCGGCUUCAUCAAGCCAGGCCGCCAGCAGUAGUUCGUAUCCGUCCUCGUCCAGCCAGGCUGCCAGCAGUAGCACUGAGAGCUCAGCAGCCUCGUCUUCAGCAUACCCAUCUUCAGCCUCGUCCAGCCAAGCUGCCAGCAGUAGUUCAUACCCGUCAUCAUCAAGCCAGGGAGCCAGCAGUAGUGCGUACUCAUCUAGUGCUGAGAGCUCUUCGGUUUCAUCAAGCCAAGCCGCCAGCAGUAGCACUGCGGCCUCGUCCUCUGCAUACUCGUCUUCAGUCUCGUCCAGCCAAGCUGCAAGCAGUAGUUCUUAUCCGUCAUCCUCCAGCCAAGCCGUCAGCAGCAGCACUGCAGCUUCGUCUUCUGUAUACCCGUCUUCGACCUCUUCCAGUCAAGGCGCGAGCAGUAGUGCAUACUCGUCUAGCAUUGAAAGCUCUUCAGCCUCAUCUAGCCAAGCCGCGAGCAGUAGCUCAUACCCGUCAUCAUCAAGCGAAGCUGCCAGCAGCAGUUCAUAUCCGUCAUCAUCCAAUGAAGCUACCAGCAGUAGUUCAUACCCAACCUCAUCAAGCCAGGGCGCGAGCAGUAGUGCAUACUCGUCCAGCGUUGAGAGCUCCUCGUCUGCCGCUGUCAGCUCCUCAAGUGCUCAAGCCUCGUCGUCAGCUUAUGCCUCUAGCUCUAGCGCUACUAGCUCCUCUCAAGUCGCAAGCAGCUCCUCUGCCGCUGCUCAAUCGAGCUCCCAGUCGAGUGCCUAUUCCACGAGUACGAGCGAGCCAAGCUCCAGCUCCGCCGCCGUUUCGAGCUCUGCCUAUAGCGCUUCAUCUUCCGCAGCCGUUUCCAGCUCUGCCUAUAGCAGUACCAUUGACACGUCAUCUUCCGCAGCCGUUUCUAGCUCUGCCUAUAGUAGUACCAUUGACACAUCAUCGUCUGCUGCCGCUUCGAGCUCUGCCUACACCAGUUCGGUUGCUAGCUCAUCUUCCGCCGCUGUUUCGAGCUCUGCAUACAGCAGCACCGUUGAUACCUCAUCUUCUGCGGCAGUCUCAAGCACUGCCUACAGCAGCCCCGCUGCUAGCUCAUCUUCCGCUGCUGUCUCAAGCUCUGCCUAUAGCACUCCUGCGGCUAGCUCAUCUUCCGCAGCUGUUUCUAGCUCUGCCUACAGCAGCAGUACCGUUGAUACUUCAUCUUCCGCGGCCGUCUCAAGCUCUGCCACCUCUAGCCCUGCUAUUAGCUCUUCUUCUGCUGCUGUCUCUAGCUCUGUCUCCAGCAGCUCUGCUGCCAGCUCAUCUUCCGCUGCUGUCUCCAGCUCUGCUUAUAGCAGCACCGCUGAUACGUCAUCUGCCUACAGCUCCUCCUCGGCAGCCCAAAGCAGCACGGCUCGAAGUAGCUCAUCUUCUGCCGCCCAAUCUUCAAGCGUUGAAAGCAGCUCUUCUAUCUACCCAUCCUCAAGUUCAUCGGCUGCUGUUUCCAGCUCAAACCAGGCCCAAUCAUCAAGCUCUGCGAGUUCAAGUUUCUCAGCCGCUGUGUCUUCAAGCGCUCAGAGCUCUUCAUCCGCCGCAGCCGCCCAGAGCUCUACAGCUACUCAAUCUUCCUCGAGCUCUACACAAGCGUCUUCAUCAGCAGCACAAAGCUCGACAUACACUCCCGCUCUACCUUCUAGCACUUUGGCGACCUCAACACUCGCGGCCUCGUCCACAGUAUCCGCUGGGGUACCUGAAGUCACUAUCUAUUCUACAAUUAUAGACUAUGUCACAAACGUUCAGACCGAGGAAUCUACAGUUUUCGAUAUUGAGACUUCCGUUAUAAUUGAUUACACUACUCAAGUGGAUGUGGUCACGGUCUAUGCUACCGCUCCAGUGUGCUCGGCCUCUCCUACAGUUACUAACCCCAGUUUUGAGACUGCGCUUGGAUCAGAGUGGGCAAUCAAUACUUCAGGCGCUUCUGGAUCAAGUGUUGAACGAUACCUCGAUACGGACUAUAAUGAUCCAAACCAGGUUCAGCCUUUUGAUGGCGAUUACAGUUUGGAACUCAAUUUCCCUGCUGGAUCGACAUCAAGUGACAUUAUCACCAUCACCCAAAGCGGUAUCACGGUCUGUCCUGGACAGGCUUACGGUUUCAUCGGUUAUGGUGUCGCUGGCCCUAACGUUGCCGGAGUCUGUAAAGUGUGGUUCUGCGUUACCCCCGAAUUUGGAACCCAGAAAUGUACUGCCAGCAACAGUCGCACGAGAGUGUUCGACAACGACAUUACCGACGAAGCCGACUCGUGGGCUCCUUUCGAGUUGGAGUUCUUCAACUCGAACGAUUUGUCACUCACUCUCGACCUCGAAAUCAAUGCUUACUGUACCGCACCAGGUGGUGUUCCGGCAUCGAUGUACAUCGAUCUCGUCACCGUUACCCAGUAAGCGGCGACUUUCACUCCGCGGUAGAUUCAAGGGGGCGUGGGGGCGGCGGUGGAAGAAGUUUGACCACAAUUCUGUAUUCGUACCUUUGCAUUUGUAUCACGUGGUCAUAUCACAUCUUAGAGGAAAUAGAUUUUAUUGACC